UUGGCCUACUGCUCUUUUUUCUCCAGUUUCUCAUUGGCUUUUGGCAAUGAUAGUUCCCUGCAAUCAUUUGCCCGUGCAGUUUUCAAUGAAUAUUGUAUGCGGUCUCUAUCUUUGGAGCUGAUCAUUUGAAUCAGCGGGUCGCGAGGAGGAAGGUAUCCUGGAUAAGCACACCAGAUGAUGGAAUUUCUCCCAGAGACAGCAGCUGCUCGACCAGGUCUGUCUCCUCCCGAAAUUAGAUAAGAAGAGCAGAGCCAGGAGAUUAUACAGCGGGGAAGAUGUUCUGCGCGAAGCUGAAAGAGCUGAAGAUACCAGGAGAGUGUCCUUUCUCCAGUAGCGCCCAAAAUAAUGAGCUCGGAGACUUUGAGGAGCGCUCCACUGGCGCCGCGGAUUUAUUGCCCAUUUCUAAGGACGUGCACGUAAAAAUAGGUGAGGAUCUACCUCAACAGAAAACAUUCAGAGCCAAAGUUAACCUGCAUACACUUGGGGAGAGCAUCCGAAAAUUGUCAUGUCCAGAGUUUCAAAGGCUGCACACUGCCCUCCAACGAAUGAUGAGACUAUCAGAUCAAACCAGGGACUCUGAGAGUCCAAUAGUUUGCUGUACAGACUAUCAGAGUUGCAGUGAUGAACCGGAACAUUUAGUGGAAAUGAUGAACAUUUACUCAACCAAAACGGCAAUCCAGAUGGAAGCUUUGAAAGUUGCUCUUGGCGAGGAGCUCUUCAACAUGUGUUAUGAGGAGGACGGACACAUUUUGAGGGUGGUGGGGGGAGCUCUCCACGACUUCCUCAACAGCUUCAAUGUUUUGUUGAAACAGAGUACGCCGCCCAACCCGGGUAGAGAGAAUUGUGUAAACGAACCUUCGGUGCUGUGCUUAGACAAGGAUGCGGGUCUGCUUACUGUCUAUUUCUUCAACCCCCGUCCAACCACUGAGCUCUUCUUCCCUGGAGUCAUCAAAGCUGCAGCGCGCCUGCUGUAUCACACCACUGUGGAUGUGUUGAUUGACACCCCCAGUGCUAAAGACAGCAUCUUGCAGUCCAGCCCGCAGCCCAGUCUUCUGUACACGGUUGCAGUUAAGGAUGCGAAAAAUCUGACCCCCAGUCCGCUGCGGGCUACCUCAGCUGGGACCCUUCCUACCUCUUUGUUCUCCACCAUCUUCCCUUUUCAUCUGAUCCUCGACAAGGACCUGGGUCUGGUACAAAUAGGACACGGGCUCAGGAAGAGACUGUUCAGGAAAGAUGGACUGAGGCGGUCUGCUACCUUCCAAGAACACUUUUCUAUUGUCUCUCCCCAGAUCAAAUGUACCUUUCAAGGGAUUCUGACCAUGCUGAACACACAGUUUAUCAUUCGGAUCAAGCAUGGAGUCUCCAUCGCAGAUAACACAGGGAAGCUGAUGGACCUUAAAGGUCAGAUGAUCUACGUUUCAGAGUCCAAUGCCAUCUUGUUCCUGGGCUCACCAUGUGUGGACAAGCUGGAGGAGCUAACAGGCUGCGGCCUCUACCUGUCAGACAUCCCUAUUCAUAACGCACUGCGUGACGUAGUGCUGGUUGGUGAACAGGCCAAAGCCCAGGACGGUUUGAAGAAGCGUCUGGGGAAGGCCAAGGCAGCCUUGGAGCACGCUCACCAGGCACUGGAGGAGGAGAAGAAGAAGACAGUGGACCUCCUCUUCUCCAUCUUCCCCGGCACUGUGGCGCAGCAGCUGUGGCAGGGCCAAACGGUGCAGGCCAAGAAGUUUGACCAAGUAACAAUGCUCUUCUCCGACAUUGUGGGCUUCACGGCUGUUUGCUCACGUUGUACCCCGAUGCAAGUGAUAACCAUGCUCAGUGAGUUGUACACCAGGUUUGACCACGAGUGUGGAGAGCUUGAUAUCUAUAAGGUGGAGACCAUUGGUGAUGCGUACUGUGUCGCUGGUGGCUUACACAGAGAAAGCGAGACUCACGCCGUCCAAAUUGCACUCAUGGCCUUAAAGAUGAUGGAGCUUUCAGACGAAGUUAUGACACCAACUGGAGAACCAAUACAGAUGCGUAUAGGAGUCCACACUGGUUCAGUACUGGCUGGUGUAGUUGGGGUGAGAAUGCCGCGUUACUGCCUUUUCGGUAACAAUGUCACAAUGGCCAACAAGUUUGAAUCCUGCAGCCAACCUGGAAAAAUCAACAUCAGCCCUACAACUCACAGAUUGCUGAAGAAUCGGCCAGAGUUUGUAUUUGUUCCCAGGAGGAGACUGGAGCUUCCGGCCAACUUCCCAGAAGACAUCCCUGGUGUUUGUUACUUUUUGGAGGCGUCAUUUAAAACUGACUCUGAAGUUAAAUCAAGCUGCUGAAGAGCCCGAAAACAUUAGAUAUGACAAAAUAUAAACAUAUCCAGUGAACCCAGUGAGAAUACCUUGUAUAUUUUGGGUUGGGUUGUUUAAAUAAUGAUGAUAGUGUCUAUAGUCAAACUCUUGCAGCUGCUUAAUUACAGACAUGUCAGUUUUCUGUCAAACAUGAGUCUUGUCUCUGUACAAUUAUCCAUUUGCACAGUUGUAGCCAUGGAUGUAUUGGUUGUAGCGCAGAGAAAUACUCACUUCCUUUAUUUUUCUUCCAGAAUGAGUCAUCUCUAUAAUAUGAUCUCAUAUGAUAUACAAAUGGCUUUCUUUGACUGUUUUGUUAAAUGCAACAUCGGAGAGGCACAAAAUACCUAAACUGCUUUUGGUUUGCUGUAAAGAAUUAAAUACAUCAUCUUGCAUAAUAUGAAAUACAUUUUUGGAUGUUGAUCCUCAAUGUAAUGUUUGAUUCCUUUUAUCAAGAUUUUUUCUGUAAAUAUCUGACUGGUCCAUUUACAUCUGUCGAGACCAAAGUUGCUAAAAGCACCUUGGCCUAUUGGUACGGCAAAAGAAUUCAAGAUAAAAACUGAAUUAGCUUUGUGUGUUUCAGUGGAGAAUUUCACAACAAAUAAUUUGGAAAAGCUGAAGGAAAUUAUAAAGUUAUUCAAACAUUUAGGUGACAUCCCACCUUAUUUAACGGAGAUUCAAGAUACUUUAUUGUCAUUGUAUGAACACAACGAAAUUCCGUUGGUGGCAAUCAGUGCAGCAGCAGUAAAUACAACAAUAAAAAAAAUCACUCUAAUUGAAUGAAGUGAUGCAGAGCAUAUUCAGGUGCCUUAAUAGAAAUAUACUGGCAGGAUCACAGAUGUUUCAUGUUAUCUUUACUUUCUUUUUUUAUUUAGAUAUGGUUCACCAUGAAUUCACAUGUCAAUAACUUCUUCCAGAGGUUUGUGGUUCCAACUCCAUAUAUUUGUGAUAACAUGAAACUUAGACUUUAGACCAUUUAUUAGAUAUAACGCAUUCUAAGAUUGCAUUAUCCUGAUAUAAGUAAUGUACGUGUUUUUAAAAAAAUGUUCCCCCACUGUACUGUUUAUACUGUAUUUAUUACAUUGGGUUCAUAGUACUCCUUUCCUAUAGGCUUCAGCGGGAAAACGACACAUCAGGAAUACAAUGAAUGUUCUAUCCCUAAUAACGAUGUGCUUUAAUCAUUAUUGUAAUGUAAUCAAAGUGCAAUAAAUAUUGACAUUAACAUA